UUGUAUAUCCGCUCGGAAACGGGCACGGAAUUGUCCCGCGUGGGCACCCCACACACCCCUCGACGCCCGCGGAAGUGUCGGCGGUGGACUCGCCUCACGCGCGGACUACUUUAUGUGCGCGCGGACGGCGGAGGCGGGCAUGUCAGCGGGUGAACAGUGGCACAAAGUUGUGCACUUGUCGGUGUGCCGCUCGGAGGCCUGCUGGUUUACUGUGAGUUGCUUUGCUGCGGCGUAAGUAGGCUUCCAGAUCUCGCAAUCGUGUUGUCGGGGCUCCACGGCCACGUUCUACUUGGAUGCCGGGACUAUGAACGUGAGCAACCACGGGGGCUUCCUGGUGGACCCGGGCGGCAGCUUCAAUGAGGACGCGCCCAGACCUCCAGUCCCCGGGGAAGAGGGCGAGCUGGUGCUCACCGAGUGCCACAACAAAAGCCUCAAAUGCGAGGCGUCCGUGGCCACGCCCAGGCGGCCGGACCAGGACUUGGGCUACGAACCGGAAGGCAGCGCUUCCCCCACGCCGCCUUUCCUGAGAUGGGCCGAGUCGCUUCACUCGCUGCUGGACGACCAGGACGGCAUCCAUCUGUUCAGGACGUUUCUCAAGCAGGAAGCGUGCGCCGACCUGCUGGACUUUUGGUUCGCCUGCAGCGGUUUCCGCAAACUGGAAGCCGGCGAGGGCAACGACGAGAAGCGGCUAAAACUAGCCAAAGCCAUUUAUAAGAAGUACAUCCUGGACAACAAGGGCAUCGUUUCCAGGCAGAUCAAAACGGCGACUAAGUCCUUCAUCAAAGACUCCGUGAUGAAGCUGCAUAUCGAUCCGGCCAUGUUCGACCAGGCCCAGACGGAGAUUCAGACCACGAUGGAGGAAAACACCUACCCUUUAUUUCUUAAAUCGGAUAUAUACUUGGAACACGCUCAGGUAGGGGGCGAGAGUCCCAAGCCUUACGCCGAUCAAAGCCCACUUUUGUCCGACACAAAGAAUCUGGCUGGAUAUUUGCCCACGUUAACCGAGCACGAGGAGUGGAGAUGUGAGUCGGAAGAACCUGCCGAUUGUGACCUCGUGCCCAGACUCACUCAGAGGCUUCUCACAGAGACGCCAUCGCAUCGAAGAUUCCAGGAAGAGUACAGACAUGCACCUGGUCGGGAGCCCGCCGACCGCUACUACGCCAACGCCGGACAUGCGUUAGCUCCGGCCACCAGCGCUAACGACAGUGAGCAACAGAGUAUGUCCAGCGACGCCGACACGCUUUCUCUCACUGACAGCAGCGUAGAUGGCAUCCCACCCUACAGAUACCACAAACCUCAUCGGCGGGAGAUGCAUGAAAGCGUUCGAGCAAACGGGCGCGUGCCGCUGCCUCUCAUUCCCCGCACCAAUAGGAUUCCAAAGGACAUUCACGUGGCGCCGGAGCGCUUCGCCGCCAACCUGAUCCUACGCCUGGAAGGCGUCCUGAGAGAGAGGGAGACGGAGGAGCGACUGAGGAAAUUACGACUGGAAGAGGAAGGCGAUGAAGGCUUCCCCGCUGGUAUUCACCCGCAGAAAUACGUCGACUACUAUGGCCCCUUCCUGAGAGACGCCCACGAGGAGAACCCGGAGAGUAUCCUGGAUGAGCACGUCCAACGGGUCAUGAAAACUCCCGGCUGCCAAUCGCCGCGAACGGGCCGCCACUCUCCCAAGUCCCGCUCGCCGGACGCUUUUAAAGGGGCGGCGGGGACUGCGCCCCCUUGGGGCGUUCAGGCUAAACAUCCAUCCAGGCAUGCUCUCAAGGGAGAGUCGGGUCACCACUGCAAGCAUCACGUGCACCAGGCGGAAGCACCUUGGAGUGUGGGAUCCACAAACAUGGAGCAUGCAGGCUACGGGAGCAAAAGUGGCGCGCAGUGCAGACGAGCAUUCAAGCGUGAGGAGGAAGCAGCGGCCCCUGUGGAAGACUUGGAGAAAAAGCAGAAGAUCCUGAUGUGGCUCAUGGAAGGACAGAAGGAGAUGAUCCGACACAAGAGGAGCACGUACGGUAGCACUGCCGGAUCCAAGAAGGUCCCGGGUCCUCCCAGCUGCCCUUGGGACAACGUGCAGCCGUCGCAUCCUUUCAUCCAGGAUCCCACCAUGCCGCCCAACCCAGCCCCGAGCCCCCUCAUCCAACUAGAAGAGGUCCGUCGGCGCUUGGCGGAGGAGAAGAUGAUCAAGUCUGGAACGCUGCAGCCCAAGCAGAGGUAUGUGAUGGAGGUGAUCCAGCGGGGUCGCACUGCACUCAGGCCUGCACAGUUCCCGCCGCUCAGCGUUGUGCCCGCCGUGUCGGACUGCGAGCUCUCCGAGCCCGAGCAUAAAGCGACAAAAAAGCAAGUUUCCAACAGCAUGACGGUGGCGUACUACUUCUGCGGGGAGCCCAUACCGUACAGGACGUCCGUCAAGGGCCGGCUGGUGACACUCGGCCAGUUUAAAGAGCUGCUGACCAAGAAAGGAAACUACAGGUAUUAUUUCAAGAAGGUGAGCGACGAGUUUGACUGCGGGGUGGUGUUCGAGGAGGUGCGCGAGGACGACGCCACGCUCCCUAUCUUUGAGGAGAAGAUUAUUGGCAAAGUUGAAAAGAUCGACUAAGGUGCGAAGGUGAACAGGAAGUGAGUGGAAAGCGAAACAAGGAAGUGCUUAAUGGCUGCGCACGAUGUAGCUUUGUAAAGUUUACUUACGGAAAAGCGCUGCAGAUUUUUUUUUUUUUUUUUACAGUGUUAUAAUCACUUGAUCUUUCUAAAGUAACCACACUCUUUGCGAUUCUUUUUAUAUGUAUUGAUACCAGGCGUGUACAGUUUGUGGUAACAAAUAACAUUUUAUAUCUAUUUAAAUAUUUAAAAUUUGCUAUCCUAUCCAAGCCCCCCCUUCCCCGAUGGAGACGAUCACAAUCCUUUUUAAAAGGAUUAUAUUUAUGACUUGUUAUUUUUGAAUGCCACUUAAAGAGUAAUUUAUUAUUUUGUGACAUUUUAGUCAGGCAGCACUUUGGGCGCCUCAGUUUUAAUUGCGUGUCUUAAGGCGGCUUCUUGUAGCAAGGCCACCAUCGUGAUACCUUAUUACCGCAAAUUGAUAGGCCACCAUGACAUUGUAAAAUGAUUUUUAUUAUUAUUAUUAUUAGGCCACUGCAUUCAUUUCAACCAAGUGUUAGUAAAAUGGCCUCUAACGCUGAGGGUGCUGUCAAAACAAAUCCUAUGUACAUUUGAACAUCUAUGCAAAUGUUAUUGUGGUGGAUUAUUAUUAUUAAGAAAAAAAAAAAGUGAUCUAGAAUUGGCCUGUUCGAGGUUCUGUUCAUCUUUACGUACCACAGCAUUUUUUUUGGUGUGUGAAAAAUCUGAUUCCAGCAUCAAAGUCAGUGCCUCUCAUUUUGGUGCCUGGAAGGAUUGUCGCCUUUAAAUGUAAAUGAAAGCAGAUUAAGUAAGAGCUGUUACUAUUUUGGCCCCUUUGAGCAGGUGUGACACCUGGUUGAUGUUUAUCGGUAAACAGAUGCUACGCUAAAGAAUAUACAUGCUAAAAACGGCUUUCCCACCAUUACCAUGAAGACCUAGUAAGGAAGAGUUGAGGGGUUGCCAUGGCAGUACCUGAAUUGCAGUUUUCCAUAUGACAAGCCUGUGUUGCCUCACUAAUGUUUUCAAGGUAAUAUAAUCAGGGAAGCGCUUAUUUUGCUGACUUGACAUUUGUUUACAUGAGAUGCUAGGCUAAUGAAUGUACAUGCUAAAAACAUGCAGAAUUGUGUCACUUGAAUUUAGUGUUGUGGAAGCACACAAAACUAGUGGAAGGAGUCCUGGAUGAACCGCCACAUUAGAACCUAAAGCAGGCGUUGCCAUGGCAACAACCGACAACCCCCCGUUGUGCUUUAGAUGCAGUAUAAAACUAAUACAGUGUAUUUGUCAUAUUUGAAGGAAAUUAUUUAAUUUAUGGAACUCAUUUUUUCAUGUUGUAGUCUUAUGAGAUAAGCCGUUUUAGUUUCAAGCUCCCAAAUGUCAUUCAAAUGUAUAAAGCAACCAUCAGAGUGCCUUUAAUAUUAUUAUCAUUGUCAUCAUUGCUCCCAUUGUUGUUUGUUUGUAUGUAAAUAUGCGCGGCAUGAAGUGUCAUCAACCAGCAGCACAUUCAUAACCUCCCAAGAGAGAGAAAAAAGAAAACACUUGAAAAAAGGUACCUGGACAAUAAAAACAUGCAAUAAACCAA